GUGCAGGGCACCAGCAUGUCCUCCUCCUCCAACAACAACAACAACAACUAUAUACAAGUGCGCCUGAGCAAGGCAGUCCUAACUGCUUCACCGGAGCCAUUAUUCCCAGACCGCGCGUCGGAAUGAGUGACAGCCGAUGUGUUCACUCGACUUUCUCUGGACACAGAGGAUGAGGGAUUUUCUCUCUGUCAACAUUUCUUCCCCCCGAGGGCGGAUCUGUGGCGGGCGGCGCUCCAAAGCUGGGGAGGCUCUUGCUGCUUGCGCACAGGCUCAGCCGGCUCCGCGGAUAUAGGUACGGAGGCUGGAGACCCUCCCGGCCAGCGCACAGGGGUGGGGUUCACCGAGGAGCACUGUCCCCGUGCGCCGCCACGCCCCCGCGCUUGGCGCUGUCCGGUGCUCUGGUGCUGAACGCGGAAUACGAGUGCAGCCAACAGCCGUGCGGCGUGGAGACAGGGCACGGAUCUCUCCCAAGUUGAGAAGAGGUGAUGGUGGUACCCUGGAAGGAUCAUAACGUGGAUAACUAUGAAGGAAACGUUUUUCAUUUGUUUCUCUUUUCGUUUUUAAUGGUUUUCUACCGACCCCCUUCGAGGGGCACAUAACUUGCCGCGAAAAUGAUUUGGGGUGUUUUGUUAUGCUGCCUCCUGACGCCGGCUGAUGGACACCACGCACGGGAGAGACUACCUUUCUUUCACGGGCACGUUUUUGAGAACUCCCCGGCGGCUUCUAAAGUGAGCGGACUGAGCAUCCCGGUGAGGCGCAUCAACGCGCAAAAAUGGUGCCCAGCGUCCGGGAUACACUUCAAACUGUACGGAAACGGCAGCGACGAUUUCCGCGCCUUCGCCCACCACAAGCUGGGAAAUGUAAUGCUCAAAACUUCCAGGGUUUUGGACCGAGAGGCUCGCUCAGAUUACCUGCUGAGCCUCGGUCUGUGUUGCCGGACUCGCGCGUCGGAGUCCGCCGUCUUCGAGGUCGCGUCGGUAAAAGUGGACGUUUUGGACGCCAACGAUCACGCACCGACCUUUGGCGGCGCGGACGCCGUUCACAUCACUUUGGAUGACACCACGGCUCUCCGCAGCGUGGUGUACAGGCUGGAGGCUGUCGACGCGGACAGCGGCAACAACGCGGAGUUGACGUACAUUUCCAUCCCCAGAAAUGGCAGUUUCUAUGUUGUUCCGAAAACGGGGGAAGUUCUGCUAGUUGACUCGCUGCUGGGGCUCCGCUCUAAAGUUAAAUUCUACGUGUUUGCCAGAGAUCACGGGUGGCCCCCACUGACCAGCAAAGGUGUCCUGGUGACCGUCGCGCCACAGCGGUGGGCGACGCGUCCCACUGAAUUAGCGGGGCCAGGAAGGGGAGGCCGGUCUCCGAGGGCUUUACUUGACCCCGGCGCAGUGGUUUCCCUCAACGUGUCUGAAGACGCCAGCAUCGGCUCGGUCAUAACGAGUCUAAGUCCCACCAGGUUCGCAUCAGCCGCCUUCGAGGUGGUUUACCCGGAGUCAGAGAGCUCUCCGGUCACCGUGGGGCGCGACAGUGGAGAUAUCAUGAUAAGCAGGAGGCUGGAUCGGGAGACGGGUCCUUUCCUGGAGCUCAAUGUUAAGAUUCAGGAUAAACGAGGCCCAGACUGGUACCUGAACAAGGUGAAGCUGAAGAUCACUGACGUCAACGAUAACGUCCCUGAGUGGAAUAUGAAGCCGUAUCCUUACCUGGCUGUAGUGUCCCCUGAGGCCCCCGCCAGAACGUUCGUCUACCAGCUCCAGGCUCAAGAUGGGGAUGAGGGCAAAAGCGGAGAGGUGGAAUACUUUUUGUCUGAUGGCGGUGACGGCUGCUUUGCAGUGGACAAGAAGACGGGCCAGGUGGGGACCACGGGGUUGGCGCUUCAGAGGGAUAGAGAGUACUUGUUAAGCGUCGUGGCUCUCGACGGCCUGGGCAGCCGCAGCGCUCCUGCUAUGCUCUCUGUGGUGGCAGGAGCCCGAGCGCCGCAGUUCACCAACACCACCUACGCCAUCGCCAUACCCGAAAACACGCCUGAAGGACAGCCCUUCGUGGUGGUGUUUGCGCUUUCCUUCCAGCAGCAGCCAAUCAGCUACAGCCUGCUGAUCAAUCCCAGUAGCCUUUUCAGCAUCAGACAGGAGACGGGGGAGAUCAGUCUGACCAGGACGCUGGACUACGAGAGUGACCAGCGGCGCUACCUGCUGAUGGUGCGAGCUAGCGAAGAGCCCGGCAGCCUCAGCACCGCCACGGAGGUUCAGGUGUUGAUAACAGAUGAGAACGAUUGUGUCCCAGAGUUCCUCCAAUCUAUCUACAGCGUGGAUGGAGUGCCUGAGACUGUAACCACGGCAACAUCCCUGCUGCAGGUGCUCGCCACGGACUGCGACUCGGGGUCCAACGCGGAGCUCACCUAUUACACCCUGAGCCCGGACUUCAGCAUCUCGCCCCACGGGACUGUUUUUCCCGCUGGCCGGCUGGACUACGAGAGGCCCAACCACGUGUAUGAAUUCGUGGUGAUGGCGACGGACCAGGGGGACGAGCCUCACUCUGGGACAGCCACGGUGCGCGUAAGGAUGGCGAACACCAACGACGAGGCGCCUGAAUUCUCUCAGCCUGUAUAUCGAACGUUUGUUUCCGAGGACGCGGGGCCCAACACCCUCGUCGCCACCGUUCUGGCCAAAGACCCAGAUGGAGACGGCAUAAGCUACUCCAUAACGGCGGGAAACGAGGAAGGCAACUUCGUCAUCGACAGCCAGAAAGGGCUGAUCCGUCUCCGCUCCGCUCCCCUGCCCGAGCUUCAAGGCCUGGAGUACGUCCUGAAUGUAACGGCCACAGAUGACAAUGCAUCAGGAGGCCUGCAGCCUCUCGUCUCCACGGCUCGAGUCAUCGUCGGAGUUGACGACGUCAACAACAACAAACCCGUGUUUGAGGAGUGCCAGCAAUACCGUGAGCAGGCUUCAGUGCUGGAAAAUCAGUCUACGGGGACUUUUGUGUUGCAAGUUCAUGCGAAGGAUGCAGAUGAGGGAGCGAAUGGAAAAGUCAAAUAUGGCUUAAUGCACCGAGACAGCACCAUGCCCGCCUUCAGAAUUCACCCAGACACAGGAGUGAUUGCUACAGCCAGACGGUUCGACAGGGAGCGGCAGAGAGAGUAUUCAAUUACAGUAACGGCCACUGAUCGGGCAGAGGAGCCGCUCAUUGGCAUCUGUCAGCUCACUGUCCAAAUACUGGACCAGAAUGAUAACAGCCCCAAGUUUGAGAAUUUGCGCUAUGAGUACUUCCUGAGAGAAGACACCUUGGUCGGGACCAGCUUCCUGCGCGUGGCAGCUCACGAUGACGACUUUGGGACUAAUGCAGCCAUCACUUACUCCAUGUCCCUGGAGCAGCCUGAGUACCUGCAGGUCAACCCCGUCACUGGAUGGAUCUACGUUAACCAGCCAAUAUCACAGAGAACUUAUAUCACGCGGGACAUCAUCGCGACCGAUGGGGGGGCACAAAACACUUCCGUGGAGCUGGCGGUCACCAUCACCAACGUGAAGAACCAGCCUCCACAGUGGGAGAAGGAGAGCUACAGCGUCGUCAUCCCGGAGAACGCCGCCAGGGACACACCGAUAGUGACAAUCAAGGCGACCUCUCAGCUGGGUGAUCCAAGGGUGACAUAUAACCUGGAGGAUGGCAUGGUCCCCGAGACCAACAUGCCCGUCCGUUUUUACCUCUCACCCAACCGCGAUGACAGCUCUGCGUCCAUUCUGGUGUCCGAGCCGCUGGACUACGAGACCACACCCGUCUUCUCUCUCCGGGUUCGAGCACAGAACGUGGCUGCAGUGCCUCUCGCAGCCUUCACUACAGUUUAUGUUAAUGUUACAGACGUCAAUGACAACGUGCCAUUUUUCACAUCCUCCAUCUACGAGGCUUCAGUAACAGAAGGAGCCCAGAUCGGGACUUUGGUUCUCCAGGUGUCUGCCAAUGACAAGGACCUCGGCCUCAAUGGAGAGAUAACUUACUCUCUGCUGAGUGACAGCAGUGGCGACCACCAUCUGUUCUGCGUGGACCCAAAACUUGGCCUAAUCUACACAGAAGCUGUGUUUGAUCGGGAGGCCCGUAGCUCCUAUUUGCUGGAAGUCCAGUCUGUAGAUGGCCAGGAAUCGGCGCGACCUGGCAAGAACAAACAGCCCAACUCAGACACAGCGUAUGUGAGGGUUUUCAUCAGCGACGUCAAUGACAACAAACCAGUCUUUGCUCAGCGCCUGUAUGAAGUCGGGGUGGACGAGGAUGCAGAUGUGGGCCUGGCUGUUGUCACCGUUAGUGCUAAUGACGAGGAUGAAGGAGCCAACGCCAAGCUGCGCUACCAGAUUACGUCUGGCAACAAGGGCGGCGUUUUUGACAUAGAACCCGAGGUGGGGACAAUCUUCAUCGCGCAACCACUGGACUACGAGGAGCAGAAGAGAUACAAGCUACUCGUCCUGGCUUCCGACGGGAAGUGGGAAGACUACGCAGCCGUGGUGGUCACCGUGGUUAACAAGAACGACGAGGCGCCAGUGUUCUCCAUGAAUGAGUAUUAUGGCUCCAUCACAGAGGAGCUGGAUGGGUCACCCGUGUUUGUACUACAGGUGACGGCCACUGACCCAGACAAAGACGCAGACCAGGGCGCCAUACGCUACUCUAUCCACGGCCAGGGGGCCGAGUCGCACUUCAUGAUCAACGACAUCACGGGCGAGAUGUACGCCCAGCGCACCAUGGACCGAGAGGAGCGCGCUGUCUGGCGCUUUGUUGUCAUGGCAACGGACGAAGAGGGCGAAGGACUCACCGGCUUCACGGACGUCAUUAUUAACGUGUGGGACAUCAAUGACAACGCCCCCGCCUUCACGUGCGCGCCCGAUAAUUGCCACAGUAGCGUGGCGGAGAACUCUCCUCCGGGAACGUUUGUGGUGGAAAUGACAGCGGUUGACCGCGACGACGCGGCCGUUGGUCAGAACGCAAUCCUCACGUACCGGAUUAGCGAGAAUGUGCACAUGGAUAACAACGCAGGCCUUUUCAACAUUGAUUCCAGCACCGGCACGCUGUCUUUGGCAGCGGGGGGUCUCGACCGGGAGUUUGCCGACAGCCACAGGCUGGUAGUGGAGGCCCGGGACGGCGGGGGUAUGAUAGGUACGGCUACCGUCACUGUGGCCGUGACGGACAUCAACGACCAUGUGCCCAAGUUUAAAGAGGGCCGCUGUGGUGCCCGCGUGCCUGAGAGCACCGAGGAAGACGCUCCUAUCCUGGAGCUGCGUGCUGUGGACCCCGACGCAGGCACGUAUGGCCAGUUGGCCUUCAGCGUGGUGGCAGGAGAUGCGGAGCAUCGAUUCUACGUGGUCAGCCACAGACUGGAGAAGACGGGCACUCUCAGACUGAAGAGAAAGCUGGACUUUGAGAGGCCGGGGGAGCAGCGGUUCAAUCUCACCCUCAAGGUGGAGGACUCUGACUUCUCCAGCCUCAUCCACUGUCAGAUUCUAGUGGAGGAUGUAAAUGACAACGCUCCUGUGUUCACCCCAAGCUCCCAGCUGCUGUCCCCUGUGCCCGAGGACGUAACUGUGGGAACCAGCAUCAUUCAAGUUGUGGCCAGUGACUCCGACUCCGGCCCGAAUGGGGACAUUCUGUACAGCAUUUCACCUCAAUCUGACCCAUAUGGACAUUUUACAGUCAGUAGAGCCGGUCUGGUCACGGUUGCCAAGCCGCUGGAUAGGGAGACAGUGGCGGGUUAUGAAGUGGUUGUCAUGGCGACAGAUCGGGGUAACCCGGCACUGACUGGCAUUGUCACGGUCCACAUACCGCUGCUGGACGUGAAUGACAACGGGCCGGAGUUGGAGACGGCCUACGCUCCCGUGCUGUGGGAGAACAGCCCGGCUCCCCAAGUGGUCUGGCUCAACAGGAGCUACACUCUGCUUCGUGUUGUGGACAGAGACUCCUCGGAGCACGGGCCUCCCUUCUCUCUCUCGCUGCCCCCGCUUUACGCCGUCCACUUCCACCUGCAGGAUCACGGCAACGGCUCCGCCACGCUCACUGCCCUGCGUAGAUUCGACCGGGAAAGGCAGAGUGAAUUCCACCUGCCGGUUAUUCUGGUUGACAGCGGUGAUCCACCAAUGACGGCCACUACCACACUCGCUAUCACCAUUGGCGACCAGAAUGACAACGCCCAUCAGGCGGGGGAGAAAGAUGUCUACGUGCAUACCCGUAAGGGAAGGCUGGCAAAUGCGGCACUGGGGAAGGUGUAUGCCCCAGAUCCUGAUGACUGGGACAACAAGACCUACACUCUGGAGACAAGUGCAGCAAAGUACUUCGGUCUGAACCAGAGCUCAGGAGUGCUGACCAUCAAACCCAACACUCCAGCAGGCAGCUACUGGCUGAGGGUCGGUGUGUCUGACGGAGUGUGGCCCGACGUGUUCUCAGGGGUCAGAGUUCAUGUCAGGGAGCUGGAUGAAAAGUCCAUCUUGUUGUCUGCCUCGCUGCGUCUGACUGGCAUAACAGCGAGAGAAUUUAUCGACUCUCACGUCGAGGGGAAGAGUCGACUGGAGACGUUCUGGGACUUCCUGUCUGGCGCCCUGUCUGUCAGACCGGCGAGCAUCAACAUUUUCAGCAUAGCAGACAGGAAGGAGAGAACCGUGGACAUCCAUUUCUAUGUGCUAACUGAUAACGGCUACUUGCGCCCCGAGAAACUCCAUUCUGUCCUCGCCGCACAUAAAAAGAAGCUGCACUCCCUGCUGCAUGCGAAUGUGAGCCAGGUGCAGGUAGACGAGUGCGUGCGCGCCGACUGCCAGACAACGGGCGGCUGCUCCACGCGCUUGAGCAUUGCUGACACGCCCACCCUGGUGGACUCGGGUGCCUUAUCCCUGGUGUCAGUGAAGGUGACACCCUCGGCUGUGUGUGGUUGCGCUGCCAGGGAAAUGACCCACCAGCCCUGCUCCUCCUACCGGAUUAACCCCUGCCUGAACGGGGGAACCUGCGUGGACACCCAGACGGGAUACAGGUGCCACUGCCCCCCGCAGCUCGAGGGGCCAGAAUGUCAGCAGACGAGGCUUAGUUUCCUUGGCAACGGCUAUGCCUGGUUUCCCCCCAUAAGGCCAUGCUUUGAUAGCCAUCUUUCCCUGGAGUUCAUGACGGCGGAAGACGACGGACUGCUGCUGUACGCGGGCCCAUUGGCUACUCUGCUGCCUGGGGAUAGAGAGGACUACAUGGCCAUAGAAUUGAUUGGUGGGACACCUAGUCUGAAAAUUAACCACGGCUCGGGGACCCUGGUCCUCCAGUUAACAAAUAACAUUGGGGUGACUGACAGACGCUGGCACCGCCUCGAUGUGAGGAGCAAUAGCAAAGAAGUACGCUUCACUCUGGAUCGAUGUUCCAGUGCAAUUAUCAUGGAGACAGAGGGCGUGGACUCAUGGGCAGUGACAGAGGACCGCUCGUCCUGUGAAAUCCGCGGGGUCACACCCAACCGGGACAAGUACCUGAAUGGAAGUCCAGUAUUGCAGAUUGGAGGGGUCAACAAUAACAUAUCCUAUGAAUACCCACAGCUGCAGCACACGCAUUACACUGGAUGUAUAAGGAACCUAGUUGUGGACAGCAAGCUGUAUGACCUUGGCUCCCCAGCUGAAUCCUCCAACACGGUGGCAGGCUGCUCUCUUAUUGAUGACCACUGCAGCAACAUGGAGCAAUUGUCCCCCUGCGGCAAGAGGGGUCGCUGUCACGGCCAACGGGGCUCCUUCAGCUGCCACUGUGAACCUGGGUUCACAGGGCCUCAGUGCGAUCAAGGGGCUCCAGAGUUCUCCUUCGACGGCCGCAGCCACAUCCAGUUCCACCUGCUGUGGUCGCUGCCCGCGCGUCGCAUGCGCGUCCAGCUCGGGAUUCGGACGCGCGCCGCCUCUGGCGUCGUCCUCAGCGUGCUCUCCCAGGAGCAGAGCGAAUACCUACGCUUGGAGGUCAUUCAGGGCCUGCUGGCUGUUUUCUACAACCUGGGAGACGGAGACUACAACCUGACGCUGCCCUACCACCCCCUCAGCGAUGGAGAGUGGCACGAGGCGGAGCUAGAUCGCUACGGCAGAGAGUUCACGCUGCGACUCGACGGAGGUGGAGGACGGCGAGAAGUUACGGCCUCGCUUGGGCGGAGUCAGGAGAUCAUCAUCGACCCCACCGUGGUGAUGCUCGGAAACUCUUUCCCCUCGGGGCUCAACCGGAGCUUCCUCGGUUGUUUGAGAGAUUUACGGUUCAAUGACCGCUCCGUGCCUCUGGGACGGGACCAGCCUACAGAGGGGCUUCAAGUGGUCACUUCGCAGGGCGUCUCUGUUGGCUGCUACUCCGAAGCCUGCAGGAAACAUCACUGCUCCCCUCCCUUAGUGUGUGUGGACCUCUGGAGACACCCUGAGUGCAGGUGCCCCCCGGGCCACAUGACCAGAGAGAGCGCCGCGGGCAAAGUGUGCGUCUACACGCUGUGCGCCAGCCGGCCCUGCCGCCACGGCACCUGCGUGGCUCACUCGCCGUCCCGCUACUCGUGCCGCUGCAGCGAGGGCUACCGGGGGCGCCACUGCGAGGUGACGCUCGCCAUGUACCACAACGAGGACAGCACCAGCCUCAGCCUGAGCUCCAUGUUCGCCAUCAGCAUAUGUGUCAUGGCUUUCCUAGUGUUGAUGCUGGGCCUGUUCCUCUACUCCUGCUGGAGGAGACACAAGGGCCUGAAGGAGGGCGUGUACCACGUGUCGGCGCAGCACGGCGACUGGGAGGACAUCCGCGAAAACGUGCUCAAUUACGACGAGGAGGGCGGAGGGGAGCAGGACCAGAAUGCCUUCAACAUGGUGGAGCUGCAGCGCUCUCUCCAGCCGAGCCCGGCACAGUCCCUCCGGUACAGCUACCCGCAAAGCAUCAUUUCCUACCCGCCGACCAAGCCCCCCCAGGACGACAUUAAGAAGGGGGCGUCCAGUGGGAACGGCAGCGCAGCGAUAGCCCUGCGUCUGGCCGUCCCGCCGUCAGAGGCCGAGACGCUGCCGUCCCCGCUGACCUUCCGCCGCUCCCAGAGGGCGCUCUCCUUCUCCAGCCAGGACUUGGCCCGCUACCUGUGCGAGGUCAUCAGGGACACGGAGCACCCGGGCGAGCUCGGCGCCAUGACCACGCCGCGCCGCCCCUCCGGGAAGGAGCGCAGGCUGGCCGCGGUGCGCUCCCUGAGCUCCCUCAGCGCGCCGCAGGGCGCAGAGGUCCGGGGCACCCGGCUGGACAGGUUCAAAACCCUCCGAGCCGUGGUGAGCGACUUGAGAGGAGACUCCAGGACCCCGGAGGGCCAGAAAGACAAACUGAAGGAGAGCAGAGGGCAGCCGAACUGCGAGAAGAGCGGGUGAGGCCGCAAAGGUCUGAGAAACGGAGCUGGGGGGGGGGGUUUUGCGGGAGAAGCGACACAAAUCACAAGGCGUCGGUGGGAUUCCGAAGGGAGGUAAUUAAAUGUGAAAUUCUCUGAGACUAAGAGGUUGCCCGGGGUCUACGUGAAGUCUACUAUAAAUGUACUGUAUUGAUGAAACUUUGAACAUUUACGUUCUUUGAUAUACAACAUGUUUACCAAUGAAUGAUGGGAUGUGAUGUAUUGUUUACUUGGCAUUGCACUGUACAGUAUUUACUUCACAGAAAGCACUUUUUGAAAGCGCCCCGUGUCAAAACCUUUCAUGUCAUAAAGCUCAUAAAGAGUAAUGUCUGCAAGCAAAUGAGUUUCCUGCGAGAGGCCCGGAUUCUUGUUGCCAUUAAUGACUCAUGAAAUCAUUUGUGAUAAAUGAUUUUGUUUCAUUUGUAUUAUCUAUUUCCUUUUAAAUAAAGAAUGAUCUU